GGAGGAAUGGUAAAAGAGAAGUGUAAUUAAAAGUCAAUUUUGCAAAAAUUAUUGAAGGGGGCGUAGCAUACAAUAUGUUACACUAUCACACUUAUCGAUAAACAAAACGUUUAUUGGUUUAGUGCCAGAGAGGAGAUCAUCGCAAUAGCACAUGGUCGAAUAGAAAGGUUUAGCAAAAAGCUGUGAUAAUAAAUACAACUUGCACCACUUCGAGGGAAACUUUAAAAAAUAAAAAGGAUUGAAGCAGCGGGACGUGACAAAACCAUGAAGAGAGCAGUCGUCUUGGGCGCUGGAGGAUUUAUCGCUGGCCAUUUGGUGAAAAGGCUUCAGCGCGAUGGAUAUUGGGUUAGAGCGGCCGAUAUUAAACGACAUGAAUUUUUUGCUGAGAUGGGAGACGAAUUUGUUGUUGCCGAUUUGCGAGAUUUGAACGAGAUGAAGAAGAUCAUAACUAGCGAUAUCGAUGAGGUCUAUCAACUCGCUGCAGAUAUGGGUGGCGCUGAGUUCGUUUUCAGCGGUGAGAAUGAUGCAGCUAUCAUGCAGAAUUCGGCUAUGAUUAACCUCCAUGUUUGCGACCUUUGUCAGAAGUUGGACAUCAAGAAGGUAUUCUAUUCCAGCUCCGCGUGUAUGUAUCCAGAAUACAACCAACUUGACCCAGAAAAACCAAACUGCAAGGAAGAUUCUGCUUAUCCAGCAGCGCCUGAUUCUGAGUACGGCUGGGAGAAGCUGUUUAGUGAACGCCUCUUCUUGGCUUACGCGCGUAACCAUGGUAUGCAUGUUCGUAUAGGACGCUUUCACAACAUCUUCGGUCCUUAUGGUACAUGGGAGGGAGGACGGGAAAAGGCACCUGCCGCAAUCUGUAGGAAAGUCGCCAUGACAAACGAUGGUGGUUCUAUAGAAAUAUUUGGCGAUGGCAAACAGACGAGAUCCUUUCUAAUUGUAGAUGAAUGUGUAGAAGGUGUUAUCAGGCUGAUGAAUUCCGACUUUGAAGGACCCGUGAAUAUCGGUUCAGAAGAAAUGGUCACAAUCAAUGAACUGACUGAUAAGAUAAUCAAAAUAUCUGGAAAACGAAUCGAAGUCCGUCACAUCAGUGGUCCUCUUGGAGUGCGAGGUAGAAAUUCAGACAACACCCUUAUACAACAGAAAUUAGGCUGGAAACCGAGUCGAUCUCUUUAUGACGGUCUGCUUGAGACGUAUACUUGGGUGAAAGCUCAAGUAGAUAAAAAGUACUCUUAAUAAAAAAUCCAAAGGAUAUCGGACACAAAAAAUCUUUAAUUGAUUUGGAAAGGACAAAUAACAAUAGUCAGACAUUCACAUCAUAUAUAUAUGAAUACAAUUGUACUCCAACAGUUAUUAGUAAUGGGUAGCCAAAUGAUUUUGUUUUGGUACCUUUGACCGACGAAGUGUUAAGUACCUGUCGAGUGCCUGGACUGAAAAGCAUGAUUCAAUUACCAGUAGCGCGGAUGAACAAACCAUAUACGAUCAAGUAAAUACUAAAAUCCCAUAGUUUAAGGACCUCCCUUUGUUUGCAAAGGUUUGGGAUUUGCUAAAUGAUCGGGUAUCGGUUUGGCUGCUUGCCCGUUUGCGAGACGGCUAGCCGUACGUGGUUCCACCAGUUCAGGUACCGUUUGUGUUGUAACGUCCAAAAUGCUGUCAAUUAUCUAAGAGACAUUUUCUUGAUGAUUUUCCUCUGACUUUAUAUUAAUCUGGAAAUGCGAUCAUACAACAGAUGGUGUAGGGAUGGGUUAGGAAUUAUGGUGUUAAGUUGUUGUUAUA